AUGGGGACGGCUGAAUCGCAACCUUUCGGCUUUUAUACGACCAUGACGAACGGGAUUCGUCCGUCCUCUUCUGGUCACAUCGAAGCGAAUGCAAAGUCAGAAGUGUCGUUUCCUCGUUCUCCAGGAUCCGGUAGAGGCAGGGAAAACUGGAAGGUUCGUCACCGCCCGUUCGGCUGGGCUGCCGUGUGUCCAAUUUUGCAGUCGCCCGUUGCUUCACAAAUGCCGCAGCUGAAAGUCAACCGAGAAGAACAGGACCAGCGAAAGACGAUACCGGCAGUUGAGGUGAAGCGGAUGAUGCUCAGGCAAGUGGUGAAAGCCAGUCAACUGGCAGCUCGGUCAGCUGGAAGACUC